UUGCCAGAUAACAGUACGUUUAGUGAAAACAGCAAUUUGAAUGCAGCAAACCUCUUACGAAAUAAACUAGGUCAAAUACCCGAUCCCGAGCCGGAGUUCUUGGCUCCCCUGGAGAAUCACACCGUCACCCAGGGACGGGAUGUCUAUUUCACAUGCGUUGUUAAUCACUUAGGCUCUUACAAGGUUGCCUGGAUAAAGUCUGACACAAAAGCCAUUUUGGCAAUACACACUCAUAUGGUGGCUCAGAAUCCUCGUCUUUCUGUAACACACAAUGGACACAACACGUGGAAACUACACGUAUCUAAUGUACAAAAGAACGAUUCGGGCACAUAUAUGUGUCAGAUAAACACAGACCCUAUGCGAAGUCAGAUGGGUAAUUUGGAAGUAGUAAUAUCGCCAGACAUAUUGUCAGACAACGAACCUAACGACGUGACUGAAGCUGUCGAAGGGGGCACAAUCCGGCUCAAAUGUAAAGCCACUGGAGUGCCGGAACCGACAGUUGCUUGGAGAAGAGAGGAUGGCAGUAAUAUUAUCUUACGGCACGAAGGCAGAGACAAACAAGUUCUCCGAGUCUUCGAUGGGGAGUCGCUGACGUUAAUGAAUGUUCAACGGACUGAUAUGGGUGCCUACUUAUGCAUAGCCAGUAACGGAGUGCCCCCGUCUGUUAGCAAACGCUUCAGCAUUAUUGUGCAUUUCCACCCUUUAAUUAGGGUAUCAAAUCAGCUAGUAGCCGCUCCCAUAACCAGUGAUGUUCACGUACAGUGCUACGUAGAAGCAUCUCCGAAAGCCAUGAACCACUGGAUGCGGGACAACGGUGAAAAGCUAAUUCCUAGUUUUAAAUAUAUCAUGGAGGAAUCAAUAAUCAACGAAUACUCGCUUCAGAUGAAUCUGACAAUCCUCAACUUGGAUGAAACUGACUUUGGAGGUUAUAUAUGUACAUCAUCCAACGCAUUAGGAAAGUCUGAAGGUUUGGUUAGAUUACUAGCUCGUAGAGUCAUAAUUUUGAAACCAUACUAUAGUAGUUUGGUGAAAAUUACGUCGCACAUUUUUAAAUAUCCUUGA